AUGUCUGGAAGGCCAGCACAAGUUGGAAUUGAACGAUUACCCGCACGACGUAUGAGCAACGAACCACGAGAAUCAAUGAAUUAUAAAGUGCAAUCGGUUGCGACCGACUUGCGAAGCUUGUCAAGUCUUCCAAUGCCCUUGUAUUUAUGGUGGGGUAUAUCAUUCCGUAAACUUGAAUCAUUUGGACCUAAUUCCUUCUCAAUAGAUGCUGUCCCCAAGAAGCGUGGACCUAAAACGGAUGUAUUGGAAGCUUUAUUGAAGAGAGUAGAUGGAUUAGAAAGAAAGUUGAGAGAUGAGAAAAAAUCCAACUCUCCAAACAAUGACGGAAGUGGUUCUGGUGGGGGCGAAGAGGAAAGUCCGAAGGAUGAUGUAAAACAAAAACGUCCUCAUCUAGAAACACCCGCAUCGAAUAUUGCUGAUGAAUCGGCUGUAUACUCCCCAACAUCCAUAAGAUAUACUUCUCAUCCAAAUGGCUAUUUUGCUGCAGUGAGAUUAAGUGAAGAUUAUGCCCAUCGAGCAAGAACAGAGGUAGACAUUGAUGAACCAUCCAUCGAUACUUUGCAAGCUCUCCUACUUCUUGCUAUCUCGUAUACUGCAUCUGGAAGAGGGAAAAAGGCAUACAUGAUGUUCGCGAAUGCUAUUGGAAUGGCUGUCGCGCUAGAGCUCCACCGCGAGCUGGAUCAAACGUUACGAAUUAGUCCUGUGGAGAGAGAGUUACGAAGAAGGCUAUUCUGGACUUGUUAUUUGAUGGAUAGAUUUACAGCAUGCGGAUCAAAACGACCUUCAUUAAUUGGUGAUAAAUCAAUUUUGUUACGAUUACCCUCAUGGUCGCCCAAUUCAGCCACUCUUGCCGUCCAAGGGGAGUUCUUCCAAAGUGGAUCAAACCUUCAUUUCGGCAGUGGAAAGAAGAGUCAAGGAAGCAGUGGAAUGCUCAUAGAUAUUGUGAGGAUAUUAGGAAUUACUAAUCGCUAUCUUGCUGCUGGCGGUGUAAAAGGCAGGUUUUGCAAUUAUCACCCAAGUUCAUCAACUAUUCAUUAUAUGAAUACUAAUUGUCGUGUUGUGAAAACAGGCGACUCCCACUUCCCAUGGCAUUCAUUAUCGAACCUUUCAAAGAUUCGCCAAGACUUGGAUAUAUGGGCUGGUGGCACUCAGGAUGUCUUUACAUCUGUCGAUACACUUUUUGGACAACCGGAUAGCACGACCCUUGUCCUUAGUAAACUUAUUUAUCAUCUAAUACAUUGCCUAAUAUAUCGUCCUUUCCUUCCUAUCGACCUUGCCGAGCUAGCUGGAACCGGGCAACAUCAGUCUUGGCAAAUUGAAGCCACAAAUCUUUGUUUCCUCCACGCAAACGCGAUUGCCGAACUGGUUGAGCUCGGAAAACAAUCCGCAUCUAUAGAAUGGCCGGAUUUUGUCGGAUAUUGUAUUUGUACUGCCGCCACCGUUCAUGUCCAUGGGACUCACUACAAGGGGGCCCGCGAAGGCGAAGUCUUUUCCGCCUCAGCUGAUUUUCUCUCCCGGGAAAUGCAACAACUUUCUGAGCUUCGAUACGCAUGGUCCUCAGUUCAGCAUCAACGAGAAACCCUACAAACGAUAUAUGGUUGUCACUCUGAGUUGGUGAAGAGUCUUGGAAGCAAUCCAAUGCGCUUUAGUCCAGUAUUCCAUCUGGAAGACUUUUUUGAUAGGUAUAGUGACUUGGGACAGUACUUUGAUGGGGCACACAUUAGCUUUUCGGAUGUAGUGGCGCCUAGCCCUGAAGCAUAUCAAGGGCAUGACCUUUACGCGCCGACACGAGCAAACAGGAAUGGUUCGAUGAGUGCGAGAGCGGGUUCCAACGGUUCAAACGAUUCGGGUGCCGUUGCUGUGAAACGCAAAUCUCCAUCAUCUGCACGAAAACGUGCUCUGACUAAUAGUCUGAAGGACAGACCUUUAAUGUCGCCGAAUGGUCCAAAUGGAAGAUCGGUUGAACAAUUACCUCUACCACAAAACGGCUUACUUGGUCAUGAUACCGCGUCUUAUUCCAAUGACAGAAGUUCGAUUCCCACACUUUCACAAAUACCCUUUUCGCCACCGAGCCAGAAUCAACCACAAUCAUAUAAUUUCUCACCAUCUCUUUCCUUAAAUCACGGCCAAGAAUCAAAUUUUGAGCCAAUGUUUGGAAUGCCACAUCUAGGGGGUGGCGGAAACUUUUCGUUUGGAGGAAUGGGUGGAACGAAUGGUGGUAUGAUGGGAGAGGAAGAGUGUGGAAGAAAGGACGAAAAUGAAUUUGCACAGACAAGACAGAGACAAAAGAAAGGACUACAAGAUAUUCACAAAGGUGGUGGAGAACGACCGGCCGCAGAAAUCAGAGGAUGGACCGGCUUUUAA